GUUUAGGCCAUCACCCCACUGUGGGAUGCUUUCAAGGCAGCACCUCCAGCUCUGAAGUCACUUUACUCCCCCCAGCCACGCGGGUCCAGGCAUGCUAAACGUCACUUGGUAGUUACAUCCAGUGCGCGCAACUCCAGUUGCCAGGCUGCAUGUCAAAGGCUCGCCCAAAUCAAAAGGUGGAGCUCUCUCAUGCUGGAGCUUCGGCUGGUUGGGAGCAGCUCUCCAGCUCGUCUUACACAAAAUCGCAAACAGGACAACUCUUCAACAAGUCACCUUCACGACGACACCCUCCGCACUGAAGAUGUCCCCGAUAUAACCACCACUUCUUAAUAUUCUUCCCAACAACCACACCCCCCACACAUUGCAAAAUGCGCAUCCGAUUACAAUUCGCAGGCACAUUUUUCCUCCUCUGCCUGCUAGCAGGCUACGCCGGCCUCUCAUCUUUGCAGCUCGGCCUCUACAUUGACGACAAGCUCCUGCACGUCCUGACCUUCUUCCUGCUGACCGUCGUCUUCUACUGGAUCGUCGACACGAAUCGCCGCCGCACUCUCAAUCUCACCGCCAUCGUCUGCACCGUCUGUCUUGGUGUCGGCUCCGAGUUUCUUCAGGGCUUCUUACCAAAUGGCCGCGAGUUUGACAGCUAUGACAUCGUAGCCAACAUCGUGGGGAGUCUGGGAGCUCUGGGCCUGUGCAGUUGGUACCACAAGCGCAUGCUAGAGAGGAGGCGGAAGGGCAGAAGGUAUGACGCCGUGCCUGGUGAAGACGAAGACGAUCUCGAGUUGGGCGAAGGCAGCGUGAUACCUGAAGAUGCGGAACGAGAGGAGGGCGUCAUGAGCGCUGCCGGUAAUGAGCGGGCCACGACGCUGGAAGAUGAGGUUGAUAACUGGGACGAGAAUGCUGUCGACGCCUGGGAUGAGGGCGACGAUGAUGGCGAUAUUGGAGGUUCUUCGAGCAAACCGAAGGCCGCCCCUGCUGCUGCUGCUGCUGCUGCUGCUGCUCAAGACAUCGGCGACAUCAACGAGGCCAAAAAGCGCGUCGACUAACUGCAAUCGUGUCUUUGUAAUUGUUAUGAUAACGGAGGACUACGCGGGCCCAAAUGAUACCUUCUGCGGCGUUCGGGCUGGGCUAAGCUUCAUGAUUAAUGGAAUGAUGACUUACUAGCCCCUGUACGAAUUAGAUGAACGCCAUGAUGGCUAUGG